UAUAAAAAUAUUACAGUAACGGAUAUUUAACUUAAAUUAUUACAUACAGAUAUAUUUUGAAAAAUGUUGAACUUUUUACUUAUACCAUUCAAAAAUUAAGCUUAAAAAUUACCAGAAUAAUUUAGCAGGUUUGAUUAUCAAGUCACACAAUUUUACAAAAAAUUAUGGAUAAAUCAGCAAAAAAGAGAAAGGAUCAUGGUGGUAAAUCAAAACAUAAACAAAAAUCAGAGUCUCAAAACCCUUCAAAGCAUGACAAAGAGGCAAAUCCAUCCGCCAAAACUGGAACAGCAGAUCCCCAACUUGAAUCUUCUCCCACAUCUCAAUAUUCACAGGGUGUACUAGAAAUAUCUCAAACUCCUGUAGAUAAAUUUAAAAAACGCGAAAUUCAAAGCAACUGGUCUAAAUAUGAAUCACCACUUGAAGAAGAUACAAGUAUUUCCACAAAUUUUGAAAAUUUAAUGAAUGCUCCAAUAUCAACAGGUGGCCAUUUUCAAUUUAAGUCUGAAAAGAAUAUGCAAGUUGACAUUACCAAUGAAUAUCGUGAAUAUUUUAGUCUAAAUAUAAAUAAACUAGCUAAAAAUUUGGAAACAUUACCUUUCUAUGUAAGGCACCAGUUGGAUAAAAAUCUUUUCACUAAAGAUGAAAUAAAAACUAUGGAUAGCAAGUGCACUACAUUUGAAAGAGACUGCGUUGAGAAAAUGUCAAAGCUUUUACUUGAUUCAGAUAAAUCAAAUUAUAUCUUAAACUCUCAAGAGCUUACCAUAGAACCAGGUGAAAGCAUCCAAAUAAAUAAUACAGUUGAAGAUGAUUUAGAUGAAUUAUUAGAUUUGAAAGCACCUGCUAAUGACUUGAGCAAUAAUGUGGAUGUAGUUGAUAUUGUUGAAGAACCAGCAUUGAAUAUUCCAAAAAUUAAUACUUUGAACAGCAGGUCUAAUCUUGAAAAUUGGUUGGAUGAUUUACUUCAAUAAGGAAAGAUUAAU